CUAGUUUUUUUGUUCAAGUUUUAGGGACACAGGCUAGUUUGCUUUUAUAAAAACGCUCGAACAAAUUAGAAAUAAUAAUAUUUGCACAGCCAUCAUUGCAAUAUUCACAUGUCCAUUUCAAUAGCGCAGCGUUAAUCCGGUGCAAUCCAAUUAUUUUGUGAUCGAAUAUAAUUGCUCUGUUUCAACCAUCAAGCAGCAAUCAGCCGCAGAAAGAAGCAGCAGCAAAAACAACAACUUACGACAAAAAAAAAGUGAAGAGAGAAGAGAAUCUAAAAAAAAACAUGUCCAGUCUGCCACGUCGCAUUAUCAAGGAGACGCAGCGUCUGAUGCAGGAGCCGGUGCCCGGCAUCAAUGCGAUUCCCGAUGAGAAUAACGCGCGCUAUUUUCACGUAGUCGUCGCCGGUCCAAACGAUUCCCCCUUCGAGGGCGGCGUCUUCAAGCUGGAGCUCUUCCUGCCCGAAGACUACCCGAUGUCGGCGCCCAAGGUGCGUUUCAUCACAAAGAUCUAUCAUCCGAACAUCGAUCGUCUCGGUCGCAUCUGUCUGGAUGUGCUCAAGGACAAGUGGAGUCCGGCACUGCAGAUUCGCACCAUUUUGCUCUCAAUUCAGGCGCUGCUCAGUGCACCAAAUCCGGAUGAUCCGCUAGCCAACGAUGUCGCCGAGCUGUGGAAGGUCAACGAGGCGGAAGCCAUACGCAAUGCUCGCGAAUGGACCCAGAAAUACGCUGUCGAAGACUGAAGAGUCCUGCUCGAAAAAUUCUACUCACAGGGCGGUAGCUAAUUUCUUGGGGGGAGGGGAGAGUGGGUGAAGUGGAGACGUCCUUCGCAUCAACCAAACACCCACCCACCCACAAGCAAUGCAUGCAGGCAACCAACAAAACCGAUAACAUACACACAUAAUAUUAUUAUUUUUUUUUGUAUAUUUAAAUAAGUUGAUGUCAAUGCGAUAUUUGUGGAUGGAGCAGUGCAGAGAUACAUAAAUACAUACAUAUAAUGAUAGUGCUACUUAUAUAAUAAACGAAUUAAUGCUAAAUUCGAUGUAAAAUCAAGCAUUUUAUUUUUUCCAAUAAAUUAUGUGCGUAUUGAAAAAUAAA